AUGAGAAAAAUCAAGUCUCGUACUUGGAAGAAACAGCGCUACUUCAAACUGCAGGACGACUACAUGACCAUCUGGUACAAGUCCAAGAAGGCUGGCAACACCCACUCCACAUUUUCAGUGAGUGACCUGGAGGCAAUACGAGAGGGACACCAGUCCGAGGUGCUGCUCAGCAUCGCCGAUGAAUUCCCAGCUGACCGAUGCUUCACGCUGGUCUUCCGUGGUCGCAGGGGUAACCUGGACCUGGUGGCUGAGUCAGCCGAAGAAGCACAGUCCUGGAUCAGAGGCAUGAGGAAGCUGAUUGAAAACCUGGAGAACAUGGGGGAGCGAGAAAAACUAGACCAAUGGAUUGGUGACUGGUUUAAGAAGGCUGACAAGAACCACGAUGGCAGGAUGAACUUCAAGGAAGUGCGUGAUUUAUUGAAGAUGAUGAAUGUGGACAUGAACGAGCACCACGCUCACCGUCUCUUUACAAUGGCUGAUAAAUCCCAGUCUGGUACCUUGGAGGAUGACGAGUUUGUACUCUUCUACAAGAUGCUGACCCAGCGGGAGGAUGUAUUAAGGGUUUUCCAGGAGUACUCAGCUGAUGGCCAGAAGUUAUCCCAGAGUGACUUGGGAGACUUCCUGAGGGAAGAGCAGCUGGUAGGGGGCGACAUCCAGCAGCAUGCCAAGCAGCUCAUUGACCACUAUGAGCCCUCUGACACAGCCAAGAUGCUGAAUGCCAUGACAUUUGACGGCUUCUUGAUGUACCUUGGCUCAGCUGAGGGCUCCAUCUUCAACCCACAGCGGCGGGGCGUCUACCAGGACAUGAGCCAGCCUCUGUGCCAUUACUUCAUCUCCUCCUCGCACAACACCUACCUGAUGGAGGACCAACUCAGAGGACAGAGCAGUGUGGAAGGAUACAUCAGGGCACUGAGUCGUGGCUGCCGAUGUGUGGAAGUGGACUGCUGGGAUGGUGCCAACGGAGAGCCCAUUGUCUACCAUGGACACACUUUCACCUCAAAGAUACUCUUCAAAGAUGUGGUCAACGCAGUGAGCAAGUAUGCUUUCAAGGUAUCGGAAUAUCCAGUCAUCCUGUCCAUCGAGAACCACUGCGGUGUUGAGCAACAGAGAGUCAUGGCCCAACACCUCAACCACAUCCUUGGUGACAAGCUGCUGAAAAGCACAUUGGAUGGCAGGGCCCCCAUCGGGCUGCCGUCUCCUGAGGAUCUAAAGGGGAAGAUUCUGCUGAAAGCAAAGAAGAUUGGUGGUCUGGAGGAGAGUUUCAAUGGGAUGGUGGAAGACUCUCUGAACGGAGAGAUCAGCGAUGAAGACGAUGUGGCUGAGAUUGACGAUGAUAACCUCCAUCGCGAGAGUGUCCGUCGCAGGCUUAAGGUAGGUCAGGUUCGUUUGUCCAAGGAGCUGUCCGACUGUGUCGUUUACUGCAAAAGCGUCCACUUCAGUAGCUUCAAACACUCCCGCAUCCACUCCAAGUUCUAUGAGGUGGCCUCUUUCACGGAGUCCAAGGCCCGCAAACACCUGAGAGAGGCCGGGGCCGAGUUUGUGCACCAUAACUCACGACAGCUGACCAGGGUUUAUCCCACUGGCUUCCGAACUGACUCCUCCAAUUUCAAUCCUCAGGAAAUGUGGAACGCUGGGUGCCAAAUCGUUGCGUUGAAUUUCCAGACUGCUGGGGAGGGGAUGGAUCUGAACGACGGGCUGUUCAGUCAGAAUGGCAGCUGUGGCUACACCCUGAAGCCCAGUUUCAUGAGAGAGGCGGAGAAAAGAUUUGACCCUGAGACGCCCCAAAAACGGAACGACUACCAGCCUGUUGUCCUCACCAUACAGGUGAUCAGUGGUCAGCAGCUGCCCAAAGUCAACAUCAAGGAGCAUUCUAUAGUGGAUCCUCUGGUCAGGGUGGAGAUCCAUGGUGUUCCUAUGGACCAGGCCAAGCAGGAGACUAGAUACAUCGAGAACAACGGAUUCAACCCCGUGUGGUAUGACACUUUGCGCUUCACCAUCCACACACCGGAGCUGGCCAUGGUGCGCUUUGUAGUGGAGGACUAUGACAAGACUUCUAAAAAUGACUUUGUGGGGCAGUACACACUCCCUCUCAGCUGCAUGCAACAAGGUUAUCGUCACAUUCACUUAUUGUCCAAAGAUGGAACGUGUAUUCCUCCCUCCUCUUUAUUCGUUCACAUCAGGAUCAGAGACCUGGAAUAAAACCCUCUUUCACUUCGUUAGUCCACUGGAGGUAUUGGAGAGAACAUCGUUAGCACAGACUAUUUAGAAAAGAACACAGUCCUUCUGUCUCUCAGAAAAUACUUCCUAGUAUAGUUCCUAGAAUAGUUCCUAAAAUAGUAUUUAAUAUUAUUCUUAUUUGAUGUGAAAAUACUACGCCAAAUCUUUCGUAGUUCUUAGCAGCAGAUGUAUAUUAGAUAUGCAUGUUUUUUUUUGUUUUGGUCACUAUAGUGUGUGUAAGUUGUCCCUGUGAUUGACUUGAACUUGCUGCUCACGUUUGGUGUACUGUGUCUGUAGCACGAAUAUUUGUUUCUGCUGAAAUAUUGUGUUGUAGAGAAGAAUGUGCCACCAAUAUGUUUAGAUCAGGAUGUAUAUUUUCUGUCAGUAUUUUCCCUCAAUGAACAGCACUUCAUUGUCACUGUCACUUUGGUCAACGUGCAGAGCUUCCUUCUCCUUCAGUUGCACAGAUAACACAGUAGUUACCUGCUUGGAACAUGUAAAGUGGGAUACAGUGUUUGAACCAGAAAAGAACGCUUUGAGAUUGAUUCAGUGCAAGAAGAUCAAUUCAAACUGUGGCGAUACAAAACAUUUCAGAUAUUCAGAUUCUCAGACAUUUCUCAUUCUACUAAUGAUUAGUUUUAUUAUUGAGUCAUUUGAUCAUUUAUUUGUGUCUAUAAAAUGUCAGAAACCAAAAGAAAUUCAGUGAAGUGUAACAUGAGAGAAAAGUGGUCACCCUGCAGAUUUAUGAGAUGUAAAAGAUGUGUGGCACACAUCUGCCAAGCCCGUACAGAUAAUUAACACACUUCCUGCUUCUUAAGCUGACUUUAGUUAACUGUAUUGCCAAUAGAUUACUUACAACGUUGUUAGAACAUAUUAAUAAAGAUAAGCUUUCAGUGCUGUAGGUUUGCACAUCAGAGGUCAGAUCGGCUGUUUAGGUUAUUAAGUUGCAAAAAGAACUAUACACCACACCUUCUCUGUUCUUUACCAAGUUAGUUUCCAUCGUUGAAAUCUGUCGACAGGUUCACAGAUAUCUUGCAAACGAAUAUACGAACGUGGCAUACUAAAGAAGCAAAAAAAACAGUAGUCUAGGUUGGUAAAAGAAAGAAGAGUAACAAAGGAUGUGCAGCUGCAGCAGCUGGAACAAGGUGAUCAAAAUAACCUAGAGACUCACAAAACACAUUAAAAGAUUAAUUUUAGUUGAAAAUCAUACCACAUUUGAUUUACCUUGGGUAUAUGUGCACUGUCUACAGUAGUUCAUGAAGUACACUUCAUAUUCUCAGUAUAUA